AUGUUCGGCCAAGGUCUCUUCAGUUGGUUUGGCACAUCAAGAACAGUGAGCUCAGAGGAGAAUGUUCAACCCUCAUGGGACCCGAAAACUUUGACCAUGACUCAACCCCAAAGCCCAACCGCCCCAACAACCGAUCAUGUUGUCACCUAUCAACCUACACCCACGGAAGAUAUGCAAUUACAGUUGCGCGGUGGAGUUGCUGCUGCUGCUGCUUCUGCGGCGAUUGCUGUGGCCCCGAUGGGCCACCAGGUGGACCAGAUGGCCCCGGCGGAGGACCUGGAGGACCUCCUGGUCCGGGAGGCCCCGGUGGUUGGUAAAGCUAAUGGUUGUACAGGGUAG